AUAUUUUGAAGGUGCUCACGGAGCUCUGAUCGUUUAUGAUAUUACCAAGUCAGAAACUUUUGAAAACGUGACGGAAUGGUUAAGUGAAAUUCAUCGAUGCACCAACAACGAAUGCUUGGUUUUGCUGACCGGUAACAAGUGUGACCUUGAUCAGAGUCGGACUGUAUUGGCUGGACUGGCUGAGCAGUUUGCCAGAAGCGUCCAGAUGUUUUUUAUCGAAACGUCGGCCCGACAUGGCGACAACGUGGAAACAGCAUUCAAAAAACUCAUCUCAGAAUGCUACGAGCGCAAACGUUCCAAUGGAAUUCAGAUCGGUGACUAA